CCAUAUCCGGAUAAAAGUUCCUUUAAACGGCUAAACCUAAUCGCAUCUGAAGAAGUUCAUACACUUUACCGAAGGGGGAGGGGAGAGUUGGAAUCGCAGGGAAACCUUAGGAUGGAGAAGGAGAAAUCCAGUCGCAAAGACAGAGAAUCAGCAAAGGAAAGAGAGCACAAGCACCGAAGUUCCAAGGACAAGUCUAGGGAUGCUGCCAGCGACGAAGACGAUAAUCGCCAUCACCACCGCCAUCGCUCAAAGCACCGUGGCGGAGACGACGACGACGACCGCCGCAGGUCGGACAAUCGCCACCGUCGGCAUUCCGAGGAGGAUUCCUUCGAUCGGGAGAGAUCGACUGAGCGGCACAGGAGUGAGAGAGAGGGAAGCUUAGACAGGCGCGAGAAAUCUCACGAUCGGGACAAGCGCGAGAGAUCGCACGAGCGGGAAACUAAGAGAGAAGAGUCUGUGGAGAGGCGGCAUUUUAGUAAGAGGAAAGAGAGAGGAGACAGUGAGGAUAGAAAUGAUGGAGCUGAGAAGAGAGCUAGGGUUUCCGAGGGAAAGAAUGAGAAUGGAAAGGAGAAGGAAGAUAGAAGGGAGAGGAGGAGAUUUGAUGACGGUGAGGUGAAGGAAGAGAGGAGAGAAAGGAAGAGAUUUGAGGAUAAAGUGAAACAGGAUGAUAUGGGGGUUGAUGAGGAAAGGAUGGAAAGGGAAUUCCAAAAUAGAACUUUUAAGAAAGAGGAGCCAGUUGAAGAUGCUCAACAUGUCGAUUCUGUUGCCAAUGGUCUAGCAAUGGAAUCAUCCAACAAGGCACCAAGGACUUUGCCUGAAACCUCUUUGGCUCCUGUUGAUCCUCCUGCUACCAAGGUAUCUUCGAUUUCUACAAAUGAAAAUAAGGGAGUUAAUAUUAACAGAUCUCAUGAGGUUCCUGGGAAAUCCAGUACAGAUGGGACAGCUUCCGGUGCUGGCAAGAGAGCAGGCUUCUCUCUUGAUGCUUUAGCUAAAGCCAAGAGAGCUUUACAAAUGCAAAAGGAGCUAGCGGAAAAGCUUAAGAAGAUUCCUACAUUAAAUAAGGGUGCUGGUCCAACUAGAGAGGGUAGUCAACAAGUGGGAGCUACAGAGAGCCAUAAAGCCUCAUCAAGUAGUGCUGGAGUACAGCCAGCUCUAGUUGCAUCUUCCAAUUCUGGUAUACUACCCACACCAGCAAGUGCUGCCCCGAGCACGUUAGACCUGCCCGCAGGAGCCUCUGUCAAUCUACCACCUAGUGGCUUACCUCAUCUUGCUGGGCUAACAGCACAGAAAUAUGAAGCGGUUAAACGUGCACAAGAGCUUGCUGCAAAGAUGGGAUUUCGACAAGACCCAGAGUUUGCUCCCCUUAUAAACAUGUUUCCUGGGCAGAUGCCACAAGAAGUUACCAUUCAGCCAAAGCCUGCCAAAGCUCCUGUUCUCCGAUUGGAUGCUUUGGGCAGGGAAAUAGAUGAACAAGGAAAUGUUGUUAAUAUGCCUAAACCAUCUAGUACUCUUAAGGUAAACAUCAAUAAAAAGAAAAAGGACGCUUUCCAAAUAUUGAAACCAGAGCUUGAAGUUGAUCCUGACGAAAAUCCCCAUUUUGAUGCUAGGAUGGGUCUUAACAAAAAUAAGAUUCUAAGACCCAAGAGGAUGAGUUUUCAGUUUGUAGAGGAAGGCAAAUGGUCCAGGGAUGCAGAAAUAAUUAAGUUGAAGAGUCAAUUUGGAGAAGCACGUGCCAAGGAGCUAAAAGCAAAGCAAGCACAAUUAGCAAAGGCAAAAGCAGAGCCUGAUAUAAAUCCAAAUCUCAUUGAGGUCUCACAGAGAGUUUUCACCCAGGAAAAGCAAAAGGAACCAAUUCCUGAGGUUGAGUGGUGGGAUGUUCCUAUCUUGCAAUCUGGUGCUUAUGGUGACAUCACUGAUGGCAAUAUAAGUCAUGAUAAGUUGAGGAUGGAGAUGAUCACCAUUUAUGUUCAGCACCCACGCCCUAUUGAGCCUCCUGCAGAACCAGCUCCACCUCCACCACAACCACUGAAGCUAACCAAAAAGGAGCAGAAGAAGCUUCGUACUCAGCGUAGGUUGGCUAGAGAGAAGGACAAGCAAGAGAUGAUUAGACAAGGACUAUUGGAACCACCAAAACCAAAAGUUAAAAUGAGUAACCUCAUGAAAGUUCUUGGAUCAGAAGCCACCCAAGAUCCCACAAAGCUUGAAAUGGAGAUUAGAAGUGCUGCUGCUGAGCGUGAGCAAGCUCAUAUAGACAGGAACAUAGCUCGUAAGCUUACCCCUGAUGAGCGGCGUGAAAAGAAAGAGAGGAAACUUUUUGAUGACCCCAAUACCACGCUGGAGACUAUAGUUUCUGUAUACAAAAUCAACGAUCUUUCGCACCCACAGACCCGCUUCAAGGUGGAUGUCAAUGCUCAGGAGAACCGUAUGACAGGGUGUGCAGUGAUUUCGGACGGUAUUAGUGUUGUGGCAGUUGAAGGCGGCAAAAAAGCUAUUAAACGUUAUGGGAAACUUAUGCUCAGGCGGAUUGAUUGGGCUGCCGCUGUCAAACAGGAAGAGGAUGAAGACGAAGACGAGGAUGAAGAAAAGCCCAUCAACAAGUGUGUGUUGGUUUGGCAAGGGAGUGUUGCUAAACCAAGCUUCCACAAAUUCUUUGUUCACGAAUGCAGGACUGAAGCUGCAGCCCGGAAAAUUUUUGCUGAUGCAGGUGUUCCCCACUACUGGGAUCUCGCUGUCAACUUCAAAGACGAAGAACUUUAAAUUGAUGGAAACCAUCCCAAUCUCCACUGGUGCUGCCACACAAACCGCAACUUGCUUCUUUCAUUGCGAAUCCAUUAUCAUCCGUAAAUCUUACAGCGUGUUUGUCCGGAAGGGAAAAAUAAUCAGAAUUUUACUCUUAUAUGGACUUAUGGACUAUGUAUGAUAUGAGUAUGCUUAUCCAGCUUUAAACUGGAUCAAUUUGUCGAUGUCCUUUGUACACUUUGGUGACCUAAUUGACUCUGCUUUGUUGCUCAGCAGUCGGCAUGAGAUGAACGGCACUGAUGUUCGUUUGGGAAAAAAGAAAACUAUUUGAAUGAAACGUCGCGGUUUUAUGAUUCCAUAA